AAAAAGAAAACCUAGACUAUCUCUUCAAAGGGGGGAAAAAACCUAACGCCUCUGCCUCUCUUCAUCUCUCACCGUCUCACUUGACACUCCAAGUCCCGGCCACCCAUCUCUGCUUCGUUAGUCUCAAUCCCAGCCGUUAGCUAGCUCCUCAAGAGUCACACGGUCACGCCCUCCGUUGCCGAUUUGCCGACAGUCGUUUGCCCAUCUCUGCUUCUCUAUUUUGUCAUGAUAUGGAUGAUACAGUACCCGUUUAUUGUUCCAUUCCCGUGCUCAGCACAUAGUGAAGACAUCAAACUGGCCAUCUUGGGAUUGCAGAAUUUUGAGAUCUAUUGUGUAAGGUUUCUGUGAGUAGUGAAAAAGAGCUGAACUUUAGUAAAAAAAUGGAUGGAUUUCUGGAGAAGCCUUUAGAUAAUAAGGAGCAGUCCUUGAGCCAUGACGAGCUUAUGAUGCGUCGUCUUAAAAACCGAGAACGGCAGCGCAGGUAUAGAGCUCGGAAACGUCUCCAAGCUGAUAUGAAUAAGGCACCUAACAGCGAUCCAAACCUAUAUACUCCGCCGCAACAUGCAGAAGUACCAGUAAAUGUCGCUCCCGAGGAGUAUGCAACGCCACUAAGCAUUAAAAAGGUUCCCGACUUUCCUGAAAACCAAUGCUCGCCAGUCCUCCUUGAAGUGCCAGUGACAGUCACACAGCAUUACGAAAUGCCUUUGAAUGCCAUUGCCCAGGAAUGCUCGAGACCGGUAAACGAGACUUGCCAGGUACCCGUGACCCGCGUCUACUGCUCACGGGAUUGGAAAAGAGAUGCCAGAAAGGCCCGUGCACUAAAGCAGCAAGAAGUUCGCCCCGAUGCCAUCCCUAUGCCAGAAUCAACAUCAUCCAAUGGAAGCCAAACUUCUCUACCCCAUAGCAACGAAGCAGACAUGGUACGAAACGACAGAAUCCCCCUUGAUGUCUCUGCGCAGGUUAACAAUGAAACACCAAGGUUCACCCCAAGCCGGAGACAUUGGAAAGCAGAGGCUAGAAACAAGAAAAGCUGAAAUGGUUCUCGUGAGUUGCUCUCUGGAGGGUUGACAUAUUUGCAGAAUGUCGUUUCCUUCCUGCAAAUAUGGAAAACGAAUUUAGGAGUAUCGACAUUUUGAGCACUUUUGUCUUACCCCACUCCAUCUUAGGAGGGGAGGGUCUAUAUAUUGGCUGUUGUAGCCUUUUUCAACUCUCCCACAUAUGAAUGCAUACUAAUGCGAAUAUCAAAAGAUUUGGCUCCUCUCAACUGGGACUGCAAGAUCUGUAGAAGUGCCUUGGGAAAAUGGUAUUUCUCAUUCUGUAACUCUUAAAAUAAAAUAUUGGCCCUGUUCGAUAACAUAGUUAGCUUA